AUGUUCACGCAAGCCGGCGCGAGUGAGAAAGCGUACCUGAGACGAAAGCGGAAAUACAAACAAACAGCUCGCCGCGUCCCUGACUCGAAACGGGAACCGUUGAUUGCCCUUGCCCACGCGACCACCCUAGCCAGUGACGGUGGCGGCGAACAAUGGAGCCGUUGGGUCGCAGCGGCCGGACAAGGUGGCAUUGGGUCGCGACGUUCUAGUGUGUCAACCCCAGAGUCAAGUCAAAGAAAAAAUGCCUACAGCUCUCGUUGCUGA